CACACACACACACACACACACACACACACACGCUCUGUCAGCUUGUGAGUAGUUUCAUGUUUUAUAAUGGAACUCCCUGCUGCAUUAUAUCUACCAUCUCUUUAGUCCCCACAAUACAGCUCAAUUUAACCGUCCAACUGUCCAUCUGUGAGUUUUUCCAAAUGUCUGAUUUUGAUGGCCAAUUGGUCCCUCUGAAUUACCGAAUUGAUUGUCUUUCUCUUUUUGUCUGGCUAUCUUUUUGCUUGCUUUUCUAACUUUCUGGCUGUCUUCCGGUCUUUAUGUCUGCCCCUCCUACCCUUCUCUCCCUCCUCUCCUUUCUAUCUUUCUGUCCGUACCUUCCGUAUAGCUGUCUCACGGUCUUACUAUGUGUAUGUGUGUUUAAAUGUCCAACUUCUGUCUCACAGUAUUUCUGUCUGUCUGUCGGCUUGUCUGUCUGUCUCACAGUCAGCCUGUCUGUCCGUCUAACUGUCAGGCUUUUUGUCAGCCUGUCUGUCAGCCUGUCUGUCUAACAGUCCGUCUGUAUGUGUGUCUAACUGUCACUCUGUCUGUCUCCCUAGAAACUGCUGGAAACUCAGAAACAAUUGCGUUCCCAGAUCUCCAACUUCACCUUCAACCUGGGCUUCUCUGGGAAGUUCUACCACACAGGCACCGUGGAGGAGGACGAGGGCGACGAUCUGCUGCUGAAGUACGUGGAUGAGUUCUGGUGGUUCCCCCACAUGUGGAGUCACAUGCAGCCUCACCUCUUCCACAACCAGUCCUCCCUGCUAGAACAGAUGGUCCUCAACAAGGAGUUUGCACUGGAGCACGACAUCCCGGUGGACAUGGGCUACGCGGUGGCCCCCCACCACUCGGGGGUGUACCCGGUCCACCUACAGCUGUACGAGGCCUGGAGGCGGGUCUGGGACAUCAGGGUCACCAGCACCGAGGAGUACCCCCACCUGAAGCCCGCCCGCUACCGCAGGGGCUUCAUCCACAACAACAUCAUGGUGCUGCCUCGCCAGACUUGCGGUCUCUUCACACACACCAUCUACUACAAGGAGUACCCCGGGGGGUCUAAAGAGCUGGACAAGAGCAUAAGAGGAGGGGAGCUGUUCCUCACCGUGCUUCUCAACCCUGUGAGUACACACACACACACACACACACACACACACACACACACACACACACACACACACACACACACGCACACACACACACACACACACACACACACACACACACACACACACACACACACACACACACACACACACACACACAUACAUAUACACACGGACAAACACUGGCUGUUCAGCUGGCUGAAUCACUCACUUGUUUACGGGUUAACUCACUCUCUUGCUCCAUUACUCAUUUACUCUCUUAGUCUCACUCACUGCAUCUCGCGCACACUCCCUCUCGCUCUCACACUCAACCAGUCACUCACAUCACUCAUCGGCUCACAGAUUGCUUAUACUCACGCUUUCUUGAAUAAUCUCAAUCCAUCCAUCCCUCUCUCUCUCUCUCUCUCUCUCUCUCGCUCUCUCUCUCUCUCUCUCUCUCUCUCUCUCUCUCUCUCUCUCUCUCUCUCUCUGACUCACCCACUGACCGACUGGAUCAAGAACCACUCUCUCACUCUCUCCGGGCAACAGGACAAGGGGUCUGUGGGGGGGCUCGGUGUCUGGGUUUCAAGCCCAGUGUCAAAAUCAGAUAUCCUUCUUCCAGCCUAGCUACAUUUUAGUUCCUGUUUCACUUUACAUUUCUUUUCGACUUCCUAUCUGAGUCAGUCUGUCAAUCUCUCAUCUGUCCUUGCUUUUCCCCUUAUAUCUUAUAUCUUUCUUUGUCCCUUUGCCACACGCAGAGAGGCAGAGGCUGAAUAGAGAGAGAGAGAGAGAGAGAGAGAGAGAGAGAGAGAGAGAGAGAGAGAGAGAGAGAGAGAGAGAGAGAGAGAGAGAGAGACAGACAGAUAUAGCCUCUCUCUCUGUCAGCCUGUCUCUCUCUCUCUCUCUGUCUCUGACGAGCUCGCUCUCCCUCUGUGAGAGGUUGUUUCCCACAGUGGAACCAUGUUCAUCUCUCUACUUUAAAUUAGGUCUCACCACAGGAGGCCUGCUGGCUGACACACAACCACACACACACGCACACACACACACGCACGCACACACACGCACGCACGCACACACACACACACACACACACACACACACACACACACACACACACACACACACACACACACACACACACACACACCCCAACACCCCCACACGCACUAACAAAAACACAUGCACACACACACACACACA